CUCCCUCCCUCUCCAUCUCCCUGUGUUUUAUGUCUGCGUCACAACAAGUCGAAGGAGAGCGAGAGAGAAAGAGAGAGAGGCAGAGAUGAUGAUGAUGGCGUCUCUCUCGGGCUGAAUCUCCUGACGAGCACACGCUUGAAAGCAUCAAACCGAGAGACAUGAAGACGGACAGAGAGAGAGAGAGACGGACGGACGGACAGACGGUUGCGCACUGACGCGCGUUUGAUCCGCCGCGACUCUCCAAAACGCGCCGAUUAUUCGGGACAGUGAUUGAGACGCAGAACAACACCGGUCACCAUCAGGCGUUUCAUGUGAGACUGACAUCUCUUCCCCGUCUCUGUGACCCCAGCAGAGCCGAUCACUCCACACAGGAUGGGGGGAGUCAGUGAAGGAGAGGAUGUUUUGGCCAGGUGGAGCGAUGGACUUUUGUAUCUCGGCAAUGUCAAACGAGUGGACAGUGUCAAGCAGUGCUGUUUGAUCCGAUUUGAGGAUAACUCUGAAUUCUGGGUCCUCAGGAAAGACAUCCACUCGUUCUCUUCAGGAGGAGAGGAGGUUUGCUGUAUCUGUGAUUCGCCACCUCUUAAAGAACCUCUCGUAAACUGCCUCAAAUGUCGCCACGGUUAUCAUCCAGAGUGCCAUACCCCGUCCAUAGAACCUGAAGUCGACCCCAACAGCUGGAUUUGUCGCCAAUGUGUCUUCGCAGUCGCAACCAAGAGAGGAGGAGCGUUGAAAAGAGGACGCUUCGCUCGGCUCAUGCAGAUCAUGAAAGUACGCUUGCCCUAUCAGCUCUCAUCUCUGGACUGGGACCCGCAGCACUUGACCAACCAGCAGCAGUGUUACUGCUAUUGUGCUGGACCUGGAGAGUGGAAUCUGAAGAUGCUGCAGUGUGGCAGCUGUGGACAGUGGUUUCAUGAAGCCUGCACUCAGUGCCUGAGCAAACCGCUUCUGUAUGGAGAUCGCUUUUAUCAGUUCCAGUGCUCCGUCUGCAGCAAUGGAGCAGAGAGCGUCCAGAGGCUGCCCAUGACCUGGGUAGAUUUGGCCCAUUUGGUGCUGUAUCACCUCUCUCUGUGCUGCAAGAGGAAGUACUUCGAUUUCGAUCAUGAAAUCAUGUCGUUUGCAAAUGAAAACUGGGAGUCUUUGCUUCUUGGCACGCUGUCAGACACGCCGAGGCAAGACCGUUGCCAAAACCUGCUCAACGCUUUAAACUCCCACAAAGACAGGUUCGUCUCCGGGAAGGAAAUCAAGAAGAAGAAGUGUCUCUUCGGGCUCCAGGUUCGGGCUCCACCCCCUCUGUCAUCCGACCAAUCACCGUUCAUCGCCGAACAGCCAAUCAACAUCACCCACAGGAGAAGCCCGUCAUCAGUGUCCUGUCAGCGGAGAGCAGUGGCUCCGGAUGUGCGUAAACCCAAACGUCGGGUCACUGAGACACAGUCUUGUCCAGCAGGAGUUGCAGCAGACACUCUUGACCGUGUGCCGUGCUGUCGUGGUUAUGAAGGAUCAAACCUGUACAACUCCAGAAAACCAGACGAGGAGAUGAAUCUGGGUUCACCGCCGAAGAGAAUGUUUGCUCUCUAUCAUCCAUCAUACAACGCAUCUCAGGACCUGUCUAGAGCUCUUCACCACUACAGUGCAGAGGACCCUUGUGGACUUCCAGCUCCCUGCCUUCCGUGCUCUGUGUCGUCGGCUCACGCACCGGCACAGCGUUAUGAAAGCUGCCCUUCUCUCUUCCUGCGGGACGUGCCGCCCUUUCACAGUCCCGUGGGCAUGGCUGCGCCGGCGGGCAUGGGCUGGGCAGGAGGAGACGCUGUCCGAAUCCUUGCCCGACGCGUGACGGCUGACGGAAAGCUCCAAUACCUGGUGGAGUGGGGGAAUGUGAGCGUCUACUGAAAACACCAUCGGCAGAGACCCAGGAAAGGGCUACAGACGUCCAGAUGAACUGCUAGAAAAAUGUGAGAGGCUGUUUGGGACGAAACACUUGUACAAAUAUAUGUUUGCUCAUACAUUCACCGACCACUUUAUUAGGUACACCUUACUCAAAACUGUCUUAAUCCUCUAUGCCCUUCAUGGCAUAGAUUCAACAAGGUACUGGAAAUAUUCCUUUUUGGAAUAGAUAUUUUGGUCCAUAUUGACAUGAUAACAUCACGCAGUUGCUGCAGAUUUGUUUGGUGCACAUCAAUGAUGCGAAUCUCCCAUUCCACCACAUCCCAAAUGUGCUCUAUUGGAUUGAGAUCUGGUGACUGUGGAGGCUAUUUGAGUACAGUGAACUCAUUGUCAUGUUCAAGAAACCAGUCUGAGAUGAUUCGCGCUUUUUGACAUACCAUGCUAUUCUGCUGGAAGUAGCCAUCAGAAGAUGGGUACACUGUGGUCAUAAAGGCAUGGACAGCAAAAAUACUCAGGUAGGCUGUGGUGUUGACAUGAUGCUCAGUUGCCACUAAUGGGCUCAAAUUGUGCCAAGACAAUAUCCCCCACACCAUUACACCACCACCACCAGCCUGAACCGUUGAUACAAGGUAGGAUGGAUCCAUGCUUUCAUGUUGUUGAUGCCGAAUUCUGACCCUACCAUCUGAAUGUUGCAGCAGAAAUCGAGACUUAACAGACCAGGCAACGUUUUUCCAAUCUUCUAUUGUCUAAUUUUGGCGAGCCUGCGUGAAUUGUAGCCUCAGUUUCCUGUUCUUAGCAGACAGGAGUGGCACCCAGGGUGGUCUUCUGCUGCUGUAGCCCAUCUGCCUCAAGGUUGGAUGUGUUGUGUGUUCAGAGAUGCUCUUCUGUAUACCUCGGUUGUAACGAGUGGUUAUUUGAGUUACUGUUGUCUUUCUAUCAGCUUGAACCAGUCAGGCCAUUCUCCUCUGACCCUUGGCAUCAACAAGGCAUUUGUGCCCACAGAACUGUCGCUCACUGGAUAUUUUUUCUUUAUUUGGGAAAUCAUCUCUGUAAACCCUAGAGAUGGUUGUGCAUGAAAAUCCCACCCUGUCUGGCAACAACCAUGCCACGUUCAAAGUCAACUUAAAUCACCUUUCUUCUCCAUUCUUAUGCUCGGUUUGAACUGCAGCAGAUCGUCCUGACCAUGUCUACAUGCCUAAAUGCAUUGAGUUGCUGCCAUGUGAUUGGCAGAAAGAAAUUUGCGUU